AUGUCCAUCCUCAUAGACUACGGCGUGUCCCGGCGGUUCGUCGGCAUCGCCCUCGCCCUGCUGGCCGUCAUCUACAUUGUCCGCCUGACCCCGCAGGAUAUGGUCCCGACUCCCUCCUUCCUCGGCGCCAAGCCGGAGACCAACGCCGUCGCGUCGACCGGCGCCUUCCAGAUCAAAGACAAGGUCGCCCUCAUCUCCGACACGCAGUACUCGCCCCGCCUCGUGCCGCUGAUCCUGCACUUCCACGCCGUCCUCGGCCCCGCGUGGCCCAUUGUCUUUUACACCUCCAACGAGACCAACGCCGUCCUGGCCGGCAGCAACGGCACGCGCCAGGCCGCCAUCUGGCACAAGACCGUGGCGUCGGGCGCCAUCGACGUGCGCGUCAUCCCGGACACGUUCGACCUGACGACGCGCCGCGGCGUCAACCUCUACCUGUCGCGGCCCUGGCUCUGGGAGCAGCUCGCGCCCGCCAAGCACGUGCUCGUGUUCCAGACCGACGCCAUGCUCUGCGCCAACGCCUACGAGACCGUCGACGACUUCUUGGAGUGGGACUUUAUCGGGGCGCCGCUGCACACCAAGCAAAAGUUCUUCAACGGCGGCCUCUCGCUGCGCAGCCGCGACCGCAUCCUGGACAUUCUGCGCAACCCGGCCAACAACUGGGAGAACGAGGUUGCCGCCGGCACCUGGACCCUGGGCGGCGAGGACGUCUGGUUCUCGCGCCGCAUGGAGGAGAGCGGCGCGCACCUGCCCGACUUCAACAAGGCCAUCACCUUUGCGUGCCAGCACACCUGGCACAUCGACCACUCCAAGACGCCGCUGGGCUACCACAAGGUGCACAAGGUGGCCGCCAAGUUCCUGGACGAGAUUGCCGACUGGUGUCCCGAGAUUGCCCUGGCCGCGCCGGGCAAGCUGGAGCAGGCAGAGUAG